GUUGACAAGAAUAAUUGUUCUUGGUUGUAUCUCUUUCGAGAUCAGAUUCUAUAAGGCAGGAUCUUGCGGCACUUUUUCUGAUCCAGUUAUCUGAUCGGAAAAUUUGCAGACACGAAGUCAUCCGGGAGGAAGGUGUAUCUGUCCAUCCAACCCUGCUCGCUCAGCUUUGUUUCACUGGCUUCACACUGAAACCAGCUAAAAUCUCCAAAAGCACCACGCAGACUCGUGGUUGUAUGAUCUCCAGUUGAAGCCGCAAGAAUCUCAUUUCGUGUUCCUUUCAUCCUGAAUUGACGUAGCCAUGGCAACGCCUGUCCGGGCCAAUGAGAGGCUAUCUAUUGCAUUGGAGAGAACCGGCCAGUGGGUCUUCUCUCAGGAGGUUCCGACCGAUGUGGUUGUACGAGUAGGAGAAGCGAAUUUCUCCCUUCACAAGUUCAUGCUUUUGGCAAAGAGCAACUACAUAAGGAAACUGAUAAUGGAAACUAAAGAACCAGACCUCACGAGGAUAGAUUUGUCCAACAUCCCUGGAGGCCCCGAGAUCUUCGAGAAAGCAGCAAAGUUUUGCUAUGGCGUCAACUUCGAGAUCACCGUCCACAACGUGGCAGCUCUACGCUGCGCAGCGGAGUACCUCCAGAUGACGGAUCUAUACUGCGACAACAACCUCACGGGGCGCACUGAUGAUUUCCUCGCACAAGUGGCCUUGUCGAGCCUGUCUGGUGCCAUCGUCGUGCUCAAGUCAUGCGAAGAUCUUCUUCCAAUGGCCGAAGACCUUAAAAUUGUCCAGAGAUGUGUCGAUUUAGUCAGUUUUAAUGCAUGUAAUGAGGCCAAUUUCCCGAGUCGCUCUCCGACCAACUGGUGGACCGAGGAGUUAUCAAUACUAAGUGUUACUUUCUUUGGAAAGAUCAUCUCAGCGAUGAAGCAACGAGGCGCGAAAUCUCUGACUUUAGCUAGUGCCAUCAUAACAUACACAGAAAGAGCGCUGCGAGAUCUUGUACGAGACCACACGGGCAAUGGAACAAAGUCCUCAGAUUUUGAUGACCCCGACUUUAGGACCCAACAAAGAGAGCUUCUCGAAUCAAUAGUUUCCCUCUUGCCCUCAGAGAAAGCCGCUUUUCCAAUCAACUUCCUGUGUUGCCUCCUCCGUUCGGCCAUUUAUCUCAAAGCCUCCACCAGCUGCAAGAAUGAGCUCGAAAAGCGUAUAUCGGUCAUCCUUGAGCACGUGACAGUCGAUGACCUUCUGGUGCUUUCAUUUACCUAUGAUGGCGAGAGGCUCUUUGAUCUGGACAGCGUGAGGAGGAUAGUGUCGGGGUUUGUGGAAAAGGAGAAGAGCAUGGCGGUCUUCAACGGUGGGGACUUCAGGGAGACCUGUUCCACUGCUAUGCAGAGGGUCACUAAGACAGUGGAUGCUUAUCUCGGCGAGAUCGCCACCUACGGCGAGCUCAGCAUCCCAAAGUUCAACGGGAUUGCUAAUAUCGUGCCUAAAGGAGCCCGAAAGGUCAACGAUGAUCUUUAUCGUGCAAUUGAUAUCUACUUGAAGUCUCAUCCGACCCUCGACGAGAUUGAACGAGAGAAGGCGUGCAGCAUGAUGGACCCACUGAAGCUAUCUCACGAAGCCCGGCUCCAUGCUUCACAGAACAAGCGGCUGCCUGUGCAGAUUGUCCUGCACACACUCUACUACGAUCAGCUGAAGCUGAGGAGCGGCACGGAUGACCAUAAAGGGCCGGACGCCGUGACAACAAGGAAUCAGCUGCAAGCUGAUUCGUCCCUGUUAAAGGAGAACGAGCAGCUACGGUCCGAGCUGUUGAAGAUGAAGAUGUACAUUUCGGACUUGCAGAAGACCAAUCAUGGGUCAACGUCAGCAAAAGGUGGCCCAAAGCGCCCCACCUUCUUCUCUUCGAUGUCGAAGACUCUGGGGAAGUUGAACCCCUUCAGGCACGGGUCGAAGGACACGUCCAACUUAGAAAAUGCUGUCGAUAUCACCAAGCCUAGGAGGAGGAGGUUCUCUAUCUCUUGAUUCAAGCGAUCGCUCCGAGUCUGUUUGAAGCUGAAACUGUUUUGUUUAGGUUGUGGUCUUUUUUUUGUUGGCUUCGUUCAGUCGUUUGUUUGUGGGUUGUGAUGGCAUUGUUUCUUUGUGUUGAACAAUGUUGAUUUGUUAGUAGGUUGGAACCAUAUGAUCAGAUAUACUAAGUAAUCGAACAACUUUGUUCAAGAAGAGUUCUCUUCUGGCUUGUCAUUUUGUCAUUCUGAUUCAUGCUA